AUGUCUGCGCCGUCCCCACCUCCUUUCACAUCCACUCCUUCGCCACACCAACCACCUUCCUCUUCUUCACCCUUGCUCCCGCCUCCUACUCCAACUCCUCCACCAUCGCUGCCUCCUACUCCAACUCCGCCACCACGCCCUCCUCCACCAUCGCUGCCUCCUACUCCAACUCCGCAAUCACGCCCUCCUCCAUCGCCCCAAUCGCCACUUCCGCCUUCACUACCACUACCACCGUCAGCUCCACCUCCAUCCAAUCCACCAACAUCACCGUCAGCUCCACCUCCAUCCAGUCCACCAACAUCACCGCCGACCAAUCUAUCUCCUCCACCCUCAUCACCGCCACCGGAAAAUUCACCACCUCCUUCCGUCCUAAAACCGCCCCCCCAAAACUCAACUCAAACUCCACCUCCUAGGUCAUCGUCUCCACCACCCCCCAAAAACUCAACUCCAACUCCACCACCAGCAUCACCUCCUAGAUCAUCGCCUCCACCACCCCCCAAAAGCUCAACUCAAACUCCACCACCGGCAUCACCUCCAUCACCAACAUUAACCCCUACUCCUCCUGCCUCACCCAGUACACACCAACCCACACCUUCAAAUUCACCACCAAGGUUAUCUCCUCCAUCACCCUCAAUCAUUCUGUUGUCGCCCCCGCCGCCACACAACGAAUCAGAAACUGGAAGCAGUGGUGGAAUUGGUUCUGGUGCUCUAGUGGCUGUUGCUGUGUUUGGUGGAAUUCUAUUGCUUGGCUUCAUUGGAGUUGCUAUCUGGUGUUUCAGGAGGCAAAACAAAAAGGAUUCUCCUAGUGAUGCUUAUGUCGGGCCUUCCACUCUUCCCUCCUCAACUCAAUCAGAUUCAUCCUUUUUUAAGAUACAUGCUGCCUCUGCUCCUUUUGUAACAAGUGGAUCUAGCAGUAAUGUUGAACAUAAACCAUCUGGCCCUGAUGGUGGAAUGACCUACUCAAGGAACUGGUUUUCAUAUGAAGAACUAAUCAAAGCCACAGAUGGUUUCUCAACUCUGAAUCUUUUGGGAGAGGGUGGCUUUGGUUUUGUAUAUAAAGGAUGUUUACCUGAUGGGAGAGAGAUAGCAGUGAAGCAGCUCAAAAUUGGUGGAAGUCAAGGGGAGAGAGAAUUCAAAGCUGAAGUUGAGAUUAUUAGUCGCAUACACCAUCGCCAUUUGGUUUCUUUAGUUGGAUACUGCAUUCAAGAUAACAGAAAAAUACUUGUCUAUGACUAUGUACCUAACAACACCCUUCAUUUUCAUCUACAUGAAAAAGGUCAACCGGUGCUGCAAUGGGAAAAACGUGUUAAAAUCGCAGCUGGUGCAGCUCGAGGAAUAGCUUAUCUCCAUGAAGACUGCAAUCCUCGGAUUAUUCACAGAGAUAUCAAGCCAUCUAACAUUCUUUUGGAUUACAACUAUGAAGCUCGUGUCUCAGAUUUCGGUCUAGCCAAAUUGGCUCUGGAUACAAAUACACAUGUAACAACGCGUGUCAUGGGAACUUUUGGGUAUGUUGCCCCUGAAUACGCGUCAAGUGGAAAAUUGACUGACAGAUCUGAUGUAUAUUCUUUUGGUGUUGUAAUUUUGGAGCUCAUUACCGGACGGAUGCCCGUAGAUCCAUCACAACUGGAAGAUGAGAGUCUAGUUGAAUGGGCUCGGCCUUUAUUAAGUGAUGCACUUGAAACUGGGGAAUUUGAGAGUUUUGUAGAUCCAAAGCUAGGAAAGAAGUACAUUGAUACUGAAAUGUUUUGCAUGAUUGAAGUUGCUGCUGCUUGUGUUCGGCAUUCAGCUGCUAAGAGACCUCACAUGGGACAGGUUGUUAGAGCUUUUGAAAGCUUAGAAACUUCGGAUUUAACAAAUGGAAUGCGAGUUGGUGAAAGCCAGGCGUUUGACUCUGCACAGCAAUCUGAAGAAAUAAGAUUAUUUCAGAGGAUGGCAUUUGGUAGUCAAAACUAUAGUUCGGACUUCUAUAAUCACUCACUCUAG